AUGUACAUCGCUACUAUUCUCACCCUCUCCCUGAGCCUUGCUUCCGCUGCUCUAGGAGCCGUAACACCUAGGAACGCACCCUCGAAGGUCAAGAUCAACGGUAUCUCGCUUCUAGGAAGUGGUUGCCCAGCUGGAACUGCCGAUGUGCAAGUCGAUGCCACCGGCACUCUUUUCGAGGCUACUUUCUCGACCUAUGAAAUUCAGACUGGCCCAGGCACCAAGGCCGUGGACUGGCGCAAGAACUGCAAGCUCACCAUGAACAUGGAAUUUGACUCUGGCUUCCAGUUCACUAUCCUUGACACAGAGAUGAAGGGUUUUGAUCAGAUCCCGAGCGGUGCAACAGGCCAAUGCAAGAACGUGUUCUCCUUCACUGGUUUUCCAGGGUCCGCGACCUAUAGCCUAAAUCUUCCUGGCCCUUCGUCAGGCAACUUCAACCUCAAAACCUCUCCUGGCAUCGAGUCCUGGUCUCCCUGCGGCGGCCAGACUGCUAUUUUGAACAUGAACACCCAAUGCAGCCUCGCACCCACCCACCUCCCGGCCCUCAUUGCUGUGGACUCUAUUAGCGGCAAGCUCACAGUCAAGUUCGCAGUCUCGUGGAGAAACUGCCCCAAAUAA